AUGAGCCAACACGGAAGUCCAGAUGCCCCUUGUCGCUUUGUCUGCCCCCUUACACUUGAUGUGAUGGAGAAUCCCGUCACUCACAAGGAGACUGGGAAAACGUUUGAGAAGGAAGCCAUCCUUGAAUGGGUGUAUCGCCAUGGAAAUGCCACCUGCCCAUUGACAAGGAAGCCAUUGCACCCUGCCGACCUUCAAGAUGAUGAUAUGCUUCAGUUUGAAAUUUCUCAAUGGAAGGAAAUAUCUGCCAUGGAAGCAAGAUUGGAGAGCAUUCUCUACUAG